AAAACAUUCAACUUAAUGAUCACAAACAAAGUUGAUUGGCAUAAACUUAUUAUUUACAGCGUACUUCAAAGUAAGAAGCUACAUAAUGGUCGAAAGAAAACCUUGAGUAUCCUUUUGGUUCAAGAUGUUCUAGAUAAAGUGACUAAAGUCAUUAAGCAUAUGGAUCCACUUAUAACGAAAUGACCACACUAGCUAAAAGGUUACUCUUCAAGCUAUAUAAUUAUUGUUCACAAAUGUAUCGCCAAUUACAAAUAACUACAAACAGAAAACUUAAUUAUGACAAUGUGGAAAAUGCUAAUUGUGCAUAGUAACGAUCUUCACGAUCAGCGUUGAUUUAUGCUAAACGUUACAUUAAGGACGUACAUUGUACUAGUACUAUUACUAGGAAUAAAUUAGUACUUGAAAAAUUGUAGUGAAAAAAUAUUUUUUGCUGAAUUCAAAAUUUUAAUUUACUUCGCUACUGCAGAUAUAUGGAGUUGUUCAUGCAUUUUGACGAUAUAUUUAUAAUAUUAAAAUAGUAUAAUACGUAUGCGGGUAACUAAUGCAUGAAAUAAAUCAACUACCUUACAUAUCUAUGGUACAGCAUUCAGUCACAAUAAAUGAGAUGCAUGAGACGUACAUUUAUUCGAAACAAAAGAGCUACGAAUCUAUACCGGAGUAUCAUAGAGAAGAUUAGAAAAAAGUUAACUUUGUUGUGCAUUGAAAUGGAAGAUUCAGAUGUCAGUGAAUCCUUAAACAGUUUAAAUGAUUCUUUGAAUACAUCAGACAUUACUUUGGAAUAUCUAAAUGAUGUCGAAACUGAAAGGCGAAUUGUUCCUAUAGUUUAUCUCACAAUAUUGUGUAUCCUUGGGACGAUUGGAAAUAUGUUGAUAAUGUACGUUUAUUUGAUCAAAUUCAGGAGAAAAGCAACACAUCGUACGUUCAUUGUUGCACUAGCUAUUGCAGACUUCCUUGUAUGUAGUUUUGCUAUACCUUUUGAGAUAUUCCAAAUGACAAGGGAGUACACAUUUAAUGCCGAAUGGCUCUGUAAAUUUUUCCGCAUGUUUAAAAACAGUUUUACGUUAUCUUCUGCUUUAAUAUUAAUCGGACUGUCCGUUAAUAGAUACCGGUCAAUUUGUUAUCCUCUCAAAACCCAACUUACAUAUUGUCAAGCCUUAAAAUGUAUUGUGUGUCUAGUUUGCUUCGCCUCUGUUUUUGCUUCUCCAGAAAUAUUUUUGACUGGAAUAAAGAUACAUCAACUUGAAAACAAUUUAGUCGGUAAGGAUUGUUCAGAUUCAUCAGAGUAUGAACAUACAAUGUAUCCUAUGAUAUAUGGUACAACACAAAUGGUAUUAUACGUUCUCUGUACCAUAUCGUUAUUAGUCAUGUGUCUUUUGAUUGGACGACAGAUAAUGCGACAUGUUACGUUCCGUGACCAAUUUAGAUUGUCAAAAAUAUUUAAAACAACUUCGAAGGAAACCUCAGUUUCAACAUCAACGAUGGUUGGGAUAGAAAAAGGUUCAAGUACAAAGAAACGUGUGAAGGAUAGAUUAUUUAGUCACAAAAAACACAAAACAUCUUCCCAUAAAAGGAUAAAUUCACCAACAAAGGUGACACGGACAGCUCUUGUCGUUAGUAUAUGUUUCGUCAUUCUAUAUUUACCCUAUAUAACUAUGAAAAUACUUUCUGCUGUAACAGAAGGACACAUUAUGCCUCCUAGUAAAUUAGCGUCUAUCAUAAUGCCAACGCUUUCGAGGACACAUUUUAUGAACAAUGUUGUUAAUUUUCUUAUAUAUUUGAAAAUGGAUUUAUCGUUCAGAAGACAGUGCAAGGAAUUGUUGAUAUCAUUCAUUUCAAUAUUUGUCAAAAAAGUUAUAAUUCCUUAAAAUUAUAAUUGUAAAAG